GUACCAACCGGCACGAGCAUCGGUCGUAUCACAGCUAGAAAUAUACCUAAAAAAUAUAUAAAAUGCCGUUAAAAUUUAUUACAUCACAGCGUGGUGCUUUAAUGUUACUACAUAACGGAUACUUGUACAACAAAAAAAGUGUGAACAAGCUGAAUAUAACUUGGCGUUGCGCUGAGUACCGGAAGAGGUUAUGUAGCGCUGUAAUUCACACAACAAGCGAUAAACGAUCUGGUGAAAUUGUUGGUGAUUCACCCGCACACAAUCAUGCUGCUGAUGUUGCACAGGUCGAAGCCAGGAAGGUUAAAGAGAAACUGAAGAAGAAGGCGAGCAAGGGUUGUCAGAAUAACAGUGUAAUGAUUGCCAAGGUAUUGAGUAAAGUGUUAUCGCCAGUCCGUGUGCAGCUACCACCAAUUACAUCAUUGACACGCACCGUUCAACGGGCCAGAAAGAAUGACGAAGCUGUCAUAGUAAACCCGAAGACACUGCAAGAACUGGUUAUACCAAAUAUGUACCGGAUGACUAACGAUGACGAGCUAUUUCUGUUGCAUGAUAGCGAGGGUGGUGCAGACCGUGUCGUCAUAUAUGCUACCGCUAAAAACCUGGAGCUGUUGGCAGAAUGCGAGAUGUGGUGUUGCGAUGGCACGUUUAACUCAGUGCCUCUUAUUUUUAAGCAAUUAUACACCAUUCACGGAUUGUAUCGCGAUAAAUUGUUACCGUUAGUGUACAUACUUGCACCCAAUAAGUCCGAGAAACUGUAUUCAUCCGCGUUGUCUGUUAUCAAACGCCACCAACCAAAUUUAAAGCCAAAAAGAGUAAUGGUGGAUUAUGAGCGUGCGUUUAUUGUUGCCUUCAGGAGCAAAUUUACUGACUGUGCUAUUUCUGGUUGCCUUUUCCACUUCAGUCAGUGUAUAUGGCGUCAUGUGCAAUCAUGUGGUCUACAGUACAAUUAUAAUUCAGACCUGAGGUUUUGUUUAAACAUUAAAAUGCUUAUGGCCUUAGCAUUUGUUCCUGUGCAUGAUGUACUUGAGGCAUAUGAUGAGCUCAUUGUAUCUCCAUUUUUUGAAGAAAAUGAAGAUGCACUAAACGAAUUAAUUCGAUACUUUGAGCGAACCUGGGUUGGUGAACGACGCCGUACUGGCAACAAACGUAAGAAGCCGAUGUUCGAUUUAGGUAUGUGGAACUGUCAUCAAGCAGUUAUCGAUGGUUUUAUGCGUUCGAACAAUGGCGUUGAGGGCUGGCACUGCUCAUUUAAUAACAAAGUUCGCGUAGUGCAUGCAAUAUUCAGCAGUUUUAUGGACGCGAUUAAGGGCGAGCAAGUUCUCACGGAAACAACGAUUGUUCAAAUGAAUACAGGGGUAAAUGUAGUCGCCAAAAAAAGAAAAAGAUCCGACUCGCAGUUGUCGCUGACAAAGCGUGGCGAUCUGUGCUGGGGCGCUGACGAAGAGUGUGGCGAUCCAUUUCCGCCGACAAAGCGUGGCGAUCUGUGCUGGGGCGCUGACGAAGAGUGUGGCGAUCCAGUACUUUCGCUGCCAAAAGCGUGGCGAUUACGGAGUUGGUUCCCAGAAAAAGAUAAUAAUUUCGACAAUUCCCGAAAGUGA